AUGGCUACAAACGAUCCUCAGCCCCCAACUCUAGAGCCUAAUGCUCUCCCUACGACAUCCAAAGAAGUUCCUGUCUCUACCGAAGUUCCUGCUAGCCAGGAACAGAAGAUUGACCCCUUCGACGUUAAGGGCGCUGUAGUUGAUGGCAAGGUCCUGGCGAUUGAUUAUGAAAAGCUUAUUAAAGAUUUUGGUACCCGUCGUAUCUCACCCGAGCUUUUGGAACGAUUUGAGAAACUCACCGGCCACAAACCUCAUAUAUUUCUGAGGAGAGGAAUGUUCUUCUCACAUAGAGAUUUGGAGAAAAUUCUCGAUAGAUUUGAGCAAGGGAAACCAUUCUUCCUAUACACUGGGAGGGGGCCUAGUAGUGAGAGCAUGCAUUUGGGUCAUAUGAUUCCUUUCAUGUUUACGAAGUGGCUACAAGACGUCUUUAACGUUCCUCUGGUCAUCAUGAUGACAGAUGAUGAGAAAUUCUUGUUCAAACAGAACCUCACUAUUGCAGACGUCAAGGGCUUCUCUCGAAAUAACGCUAGGGAUAUCAUUGCUGUUGGAUUUGACGUAAAGAAGACCUUUAUCUUUUCCGACUUGGAUUUCAUGGGAGGAGCCUUCUAUGAGAACGUCGUCAAGGUCUCUCGGUGUAUCACAGCAAACCAAAGUAAAGCCACUUUCGGUUUCACCGAUAUUGACAACAUUGGAAAGCUUCACUUCACAGCUAUUCAAGCCUCUACAGCUUUCGCCACAACAUUCCCUCACAUUUUUGGGGAAGAUUUCAGUAAAGUCAAAGACAUCCCUUCCUUGAUUCCAUGCGCCAUCGACCAAGACCCAUACUUCCGCCUCACUCGGGAUGUAGCAGGUAGACUUAAAUACCAAAAACCUUCUUUGAUUCAUGCUCAGUUCUUUCCUGCCCUCGGAGGCCCUGGAAGCAAGAUGAGCGCAUCAAUCGAUACCAGUGCUAUAUUCAUGAAUGAUACCAUGAACGCCAUUAAAAAGAAGAUUAAUAAGUACGCUUUCUCCGGAGGACAAACCACUACCGAAGAACAACGCAAGUUUGGUGGCAAUCCUGACGUUGAUGUGUCAUUCCAAUACCUUACAUUCUUCCUUGAAGACGAUGAGGAGCUCGAAUCCAUCCGACAAAGUUAUCUUAAAGGCGAAUUACUCACGGGCGAGCUAAAGGCAAGAUGUGUUAAAGAGCUACAAGGGUUUGUUGCCGCAUUCCAAGAAAGGAAGAAGGCUAUCACAGACGAGGUCGUAAAGAGCUAUAUGACCCCGAAGCCGCUGGAAUGGAGCCAGGGAAAGAAGCUGGAUACCGUUGUGGCUUGA